CAACACAAUUAGAAUACGGUAUACCAAAUAAAGUAUAGUAAUUAAUAUGUAUUAUAUUUCUUCUCUUAAGCAACAUCUCAAAGAAGUCAAACUACACCGACAAUGAAACUCCGAUUUUAACCGUCAGAUUAACUGAUAAACGGUCACGAUUUUUUUUUCAAGUUUAGAACAUUUUCCCCCAAAUCUCAAAUUAUCAUCAUCAUCAGCUCCCUAUCUGGGUCUUCGUCUUCGCCUUCUUCUCCAAAUCGCUCCUUUAUCACCGUCUGAGUUCCUCAGGGUUUUCUGUAUAGAAGAGGUGUUUAUAUCAAAUUUAGCUUCAAAGAUACAAUUUAGCAAGAAUUAACACUUGUGGUUCUUCUAAUGCACACUCUCUCUUGGUUGUCUUGAAAGAAACUAAAUCUGAGAGAAAUCUGUUCAUUUUACCUCUUUCUAAUAAACAACUACAACUUCUCUCUUCAAUUUUUUACCUUUUUCCCUAUCAGAUUAUUCAUCCAUGGAUCUAUCCACUGAAGAGCUCCAAUUUUUGACAAUACCAAAUAUCCUGAGAGAAUCAAUCUCAAUCCCCAAGCAGUCCCCAAAGACCUUCUACCUCAUCACCUUAACUCUAAUUUUCCCACUUUCUUUUGCCAUCUUGGCCCACUCGCUCUUCACCCACCCACUCCUUGCCCAGCUCCAGAACCCUUAUGCUGACCCAGAAGAGACUGGUCACAGAUGGAAACUUCUCCUUGUCUUCCAGUUCUGCUACCUCAUAUUCCUCUUUGCCUUCUCUCUCCUCUCCACCGCUGCUGUCGUCUUCACUGUAGCCUCUCUCUAUACCUCUAAGUCUGUCUCCUUCUCUUCUACUGUGUCUGCCAUUCCAAAGGUCUUCAAGCGUCUCUUCGUCACCUACUUGUGGGUCUCUCUCUUGAUGGUUGUCUACAACCUUCUCUUUGUUGGUUUCUUGAUUCUGCUGAUUGCAGCUAUCGAUAUCCAGAACCCAUUUUUGGUUGUUUUUUCACUUAUAGUCAUAGUCUUGCUCUUCUUGGUGGUCCAUAUCUAUAUCACUGCACUGUGGCACCUAGCCAGUGUGGUUUCAGUUUUGGAGCCCAUUUAUGGCUUUGCCGCAAUGAAGAAGAGCUACGAGCUACUGAAGGGAAAGACCCGCGUUGCAGCAAUGCUUGUUUUUGUCUACUUGGCAAUUUGCAUGGUUAUUGCGGGAAUAUUUGGAGCCGUUGUAGUGCACGGGGGAGAGAAAAAUGGUGUCUUUUUCCGGAUUGUGGUGGGUGGUUUCUUAGUGGGCGUUUUGGUGAUUGUGAAUUUGGUGGGAUUACUGGUACAGAGUGUGUUUUACUAUGUAUGCAAGAGCUACCAUCAUCAAGGGAUUGAUAAGAGUGCUUUGCAUGAUCACCUUGGUGGCUACCUUGGAGAGUACGUGCCUCUGAAAAGCAGCAUUCAGAUGGAAAACUUGGAUGCCUGAAGUGAUGCAAGCGUUAAUGUCGACGAGUUAGUGUGUAAAGAAAAAACACAGAUAAGAAAAAAAAGUUUAAAGAAACAAAUUGUGGACUCUGUUGUGAUCUUUUACUUGCAUUUCCCAAAUGGAAUAAUAUGUUCUUUAGUCCUCACUUUUCAUGAACUUCUCAGGUUGAAUUAUUUUCAUAAUGAUAUUGGCAAUGCACCUGUAAA